AUGACGGGAGGAAAGUCGCCUUGCAGCAAAUCAAUAUUUGUAGAUAAUAGAAGUAGUGCACACACCACUAUCAACAUACUCUUUGAGCUAAUCGCGGCUCAGAGUUUACUGUCUCUUGCGUCCAUUGGUUAUCUGGCUCUUGCUGCCAUUGGUACUCGGUGCAACCCUGCCAUUGGUUCUGUUGCUCUUCCUGCGGUUGGUAUUCGGUCUCUUGCGCCCAUGGGUUAUGUAGCUCCUACUGCCAUUGAUGUUCAGUCUGUUGUGUCCAUUGGUUGUCUGGAUGCUGCUGCCAUUGAUGUUCGGUCUGUUGUGUCCAUUUGGUUGUCUGGCUGCUGCUCCCAUUGUGGUUCGGUAUGUUGUGUCCAUUGGUUCUCUGACUCAUGCUGCCAUUGGUUUUUGGUCGCUUGUGUCUGUUCCUCUUCUGUCGCCUUUGUCCCACUCCCUAAAGCCCCAGUACGUUUUUUAGUUUUACUUUGGUUCUUUGGAACGAUUUCCUUACAUGUCCUUGCGUUAUGA